AUGUCAGACUUUGCUUCGAUAUUUUCUGAGGACCUUUUAGAGGCGAUUGGUAUCGAUUUUGAGCCUCCAUUGCCAGCUACAGACCGUUUAAUCGAAGUAGAUGACGAGGAAAUCAUCCAGCUUGAUGUAGAUUCGGAAAAUUUUUAUCGUUGCUUGCGAUGUCGCCGAAUUUUCCCGGAUUUGGGUUCAUUUAUGGUCGCUUGCAAGAAUCACAUUCCCAUUUUUCAGAAAAUUUUGUAUGGAAUUCAGCGUGAAAUGAAGAAAAAAGCGUCAAAAUUUCAAUCCAGCGUGAAAAAUGUCAGAAAAUCACAGGAAAAAGUCGAUCAAAAAUUAAUUUGUGAUUGGUGCGGAAUGACUUUCAGCCUAAAAGAGUCUCUGGAAGCUCAUUUUAAUGUUCAUCUCAAUAAAUUGCAGCAAUGUGAGCUUUGUGACGGGAAAUUUUCUACUGAAAAGACCUUGAAAAGGCACGUUUUGGUCGUUCAUCAAGGCGGUGAUAAGGAAUUAAAAUCCUAUGGCAACGAUCAUCAAGCACUGAAUUGCAUCUUCUGCGAUCGUCCCUUUGAGUCAGUCAACUACUUGCGAUGUCACGAAAACUCUCAUUUUGUGGAUCGUCAUGUUUGUGCGGACUGCGGGAUCGUGUGCAAAAACGAAAGAAUCCUCCGGAAGCAUCAACAGAAGCAUCUCGGAUUGAAAUAUCCAUGCGAAAAAUGCGGCGCGUUGCUAAAUUCGAUGGAUUCGCUUCGUGGGCACUUGAAAUACAAACAUUCCGAGCUAAAAUAUCGUUGUGGCAUUUGCAACGUUCAAUAUCGACAUCGCGGAAAUUACAACGAUCACAUUGCAGGACAUCUCGAUCCGGCUUCGAAAGUUUGCGAAAUCUGCAAUUACGAAUGGGAUGCGAGAAGAAGUUGUUUGGAGCACAAAAAGAAAAAACAUCCCGAGCUGAAUCUCAAUUAUGCACUGCCGAAAGUCGAUCCAACGGAUGUCGCAACGAUGGAAAUGCUGAGAAAAUUAAUUGACGCACUUCCGAGACGCAAUGGAAAGCCAAAUCAUUUGGAAAAUUGCAUGAUGGGACUUUUGAACACGGAAGAAGGCAUCGGAUUGGUAAAGAAAAAACGAGGCACGAAACGGAAAAAACCUAAAAUCGCACAAAAAACGGAAAAAAUUAAAUCUCAGGAGGAAAAAUCUGAGGAGACGAUCGAAACUGAACCUUUAAAUGUUCGAAAAUCGACCAGAAUUAAAGAGCGCAAAGCAAAAAAAGUAGAAAUUUCAUCAAAAAUUGUCCCUUCAACGAUAAUUAAAACAAUAAUUGCCCCAGAAACCAACGAAAAUGUCGAAAAUCAUCAAGAACCUCCUCGGCAGGACUCAAUUUCAGACGAUCUCCAAGACUUCAAUCGCUCGUACGCAACUCGGCAUGACCCAGCCUUGGAGGAAUACGAUCCAAACUACGAUUACACAGCCACUGACGAUAUUUUCGUGAACGAUUUCUUGCAAGACACAGAUUUCGGAUACGAUCCCGAUUUCCUGCCCACGUCUCGCAAAAAGAAAAAUCCGCAAGAAUCUACACCAAAAAUUCUCAAACCCGGCGAAAUUCUGUGUCUCAUCUGUAAUCAAGCAACAAAAACCAUUAAAACGCAUCUCGAGCAUUAUCACGGCGACGCGUUGUUGGAUCGCGUUUGUCGGAUGUGCCAAAAAGUCGCGAUGUGCAAGCGAGAUUUGAAGGAACACGUCAAAAGUUUCCAUAAAAAACAAUUUUCCGCCUAUCAAUUGGAAGUAAUGCAAAAAAAGUUUCCUUUACCGAAGGAUUUGCCGCCGGAGCUUUAUUGUUUGUACUGCCCGGCGAAAUAUUUGGCAGCGAAUCAUUUGAAAUUUCACAUCGAAGUGAUGCAUCCGGGCAAAGAAGUCGUCACAGACGUCGUUGAUGAUGGGAAAACCGGAGUUUCGUGCAAAUUGUGUCACAAAAGUUACCCGAGUCAAGAUUCGAAGUUCCUUAAGCGGCAUGUUACUUCGAGUCACGGACUUUCCUUGGUAGAUUGCGUUUGUUUUUUGUGUGGCGAAGUAUUUGUCGUGAGAAAUUACCUGAAAAUCCAUUUAAAACGUCAGCACGAAGGCAUGUCAAUCGAUACUUACAUGGAAAAAUGUGGCAAGGAGAUUGAAAGCUUUCGUCAGAGCAAUCCGGAACUUCAGUGUGAUGAUUGCAACCAUUUCUACGUGGAUCCAGAAGACCUUUCAUACCAUCGGGAAGUAUGUCACGAAGCAAAACCCACGAUUUUGCCUCCAAAAAUCGAUGAAACGCCAAAAAUUAAGCCAGUUUUUCCGCUUUCCGUACUAAAUAUCGGCGAAAUUCAAGAAUUCAAAUGUUCAAUUUGCGUAAAAACGUUUCAAAAGAAGGAACUUUAUGACAAACACAAGGAACAACAUGACUUUGGUUUGCUUUAUUGCCCAAUUUGUGAUAAGCAUUUCAGUGGAAUCAGUCAGAGGCGCGAACAUGAUGCCUACAAACAUGGAAUUGGGAGGAAGAAUUACAUUUGUGAUCAUUGUGGCGAGAAAAUUACGAGGAGAAAGGCGUUAGUGGCACAUUUUCAACUUUAUUGCAAGGCUUUUAAGGAAAGACCGCAAUUGAAAUGGUUCUGUGCGGAGCUGAAACAAAAGAAAAAGGAAGCGCGAGAGUUAAAAGUGAUGGAAACUAUCAGCGGAGCUGAUAAGCAGAGAAAAGUUAAUCGCAGAUCGACUCUUUUUCCAUUUUCGCACGGCACGGAGAAGCGAAUGUGUGAUAUUUGUGCGAAAAUUUGCUGUAAUGAUUAUCGUUUGAUGGAACAUGGGCGGAAAGUUCAUGGAAUUAUUUUUCCACAGUAUGAAGAUUUGUAUCGGCAAGACUGUCAGGAAUCCACAUGCCCUGAUUGCGGCAAAGUUUUCUCCCAACUCGGUCACUUUAUUGAACACAAAAAGACCCAUUCUCUCGAACUGCUGACCUGCAAAACGUGCGGCAUUGUCGUCAAAGGCAAGAAAACUCUCACGCGACACGAGCUGAUCCACAAACCAAAAACCUUCAAAUGUGACCAAUGCGAUCUCAUGUUUCACCAAAAACGCACCAUGAUCGUGCAUCAGCAGGAAAAACACUCGACGACGCAACACGGCUGCAAAUAUUGCCCGCAACAAUUCAAAUACAAGGCAACGUUGUACGAGCACAUGAAAGGACACGAAAUUCCGAAUUAUUUGCGUUGUGAAAUUUGUGACAAAGAUUAUGCGUCACGUGGUUGCUUAAGGACUCAUCGAAAGAGAACGCAUCCAGAAAUUUAUGGGAAUGUCGGGACAAAAUCGAGACAUCAACGACCCCAAAGUUGGAAUCAGUAUUUGAUGCAAAUAGACAAUGAACCGAUAACUGUGACGGAUGACUCGAGUGUCGUUCGCUUUCAAGUCGAAUUUUUACAUGAAACGGAAGUCAUUUAAUUUUUUCAAUUUUUUUUAUUACUUUUUUUAUAAGUCUGAGGC